AUGGCCCGGGCGCAGGAAGCACAUGCGAGGCAGCAGGAGGAGUUGGCCAUGCGAGCGGAAGGGCAGCUCAAGGAGGAGCUCAGGGCUUUGCAGGAGCAAGAGCUGGUGGUGGCUGCACAGGCGCGUGAGGCCUUCCAGGCUGAUGAGGCUCAGCAGCAAGUCCAAGAGAAGCAAGCGCUGGAAGUUCAAGAGAAGCAGGCAAAGCAAUUGGAGCAAGAGCAGUUGCGAGCGCGGCACGCAGUUGAAGAGGCAUCCAUGGCCCGGGCGCAGGAAGCACAUGCGAGGCAGCAGGAGGAGUUGGCCAUGCGAGCGGAAGGGCAGCUCAAGGAGGAGCUCAGGGCUUUGCAGGAGCAAGAGCUGGUGGUGGCUGCACAGGCGCGUGAGGCCUGCCAGGCUGAUGAGGCUCAGCAGCAAGUCCAAGAGAAGCAAGCGCUGGAAGCACAAGAGAAGCAGGCAAAGCAAUUGGAGCAAGAGCAGUUGCGAGCGCGGCACGCAGUUGAAGAGGCAUCCAUGGCCCGGGCGCAGGAAGCACAUGCGAGGCAGCAGGAGGAGUUGGCCAUGCGAGCGGAAGGGCAGCUCAAGGAGGAGCUCAGGGCUUUGCAGGAGCAAGAGCUGGUGGUGGCUGCACAGGCGCGUGAGGCCUGCCAGGCUGAUGGGGCUCAGCAGCAAGUCCAAGAGAAGCAAGCGCUGGAAGCACAAGAGAAGCAGGCAAAGCAAUUGGAGCAAGAGCAGUUGCGAGCGCGGCACGCAGUUGAAGAGGCAUCCAUGGCCCGGGCGCAGGAAGCACAUGCGAGGCAGCAGGAGGAGUUGGCCAUGCGAGCGGAAGGGCAGCUCAAGGAGGAGCUCCGGGCUUUGCAGGAGCAAGAGGUGGCUGCACAGGACAAGCUUAGCGCCCGGCCGCGCCUGGAGCUGCGGAAGCCGAGGCGGGGGAACUUUGAGUCCCGGCUGGCGCAGGUUGCAGCCAACUUGGAGCGCGGUUCGAAGGACAGACUGCGCAGUGAGGCGGCUACGAGCGAGGCGCACAAAUCGCGUGCCUGCCCAGCACACAUGCAAGGGCAAGAGAAGCAAGCGCUGGCAGAGGCUGAGCGCAAGGCUCAGGCUGAGCAGGCGCAGGAGGCAUGGGCAAAGCAGCUGGAACAGGAGCAGCUGCAAGCGCGGCAGGCGCUUGAAGAGGCAUCCACUUCCCGGGCGCAGGAAGCACAUGCGAGGCAGCAGGAGGAGCUGGCCAUGAGAGCCGAGGGGCAGCUGAAGGAGGAGCUCAGAGCUUUGCAGGAGCAGGAGCUGACGGUGGCUUCCCAGGCGCGCGAGGCUUGCGAGGCGCAGGAGCAAGGGCAAGAGAAGCAAGCGCUGGAAGAGGCUGAACGCAAGGCUCAGGCUGAGCAGGCGCAGGAGGCAUGGGCGAAGCAGCUGGAACAGGAGCAGCUGCAAGCGCGGCAGGCGCUUGAAGAGGCAUCCACUUCCCGGGCGCAGGAAGCACAUGCGAGGCAGCAGGAGGAGCUGGCCAUGAGAGCCGAGGGGCAGCUGAAAGAGGAGCUCAGAGCUUUGCAGGAGCAAGAGUCGGCAGUGGCUGCCCAAGAGCAGGCUGCAGAUCAAAAGGCUUUGCGCAGGUCGUCGGAGCAGCUGGAGGAAGCCCAAGAGGCGCUGCACGCGGCGCAGGCGGCCGCCGGCGCGGCGAAGCGGGAGGCGCAGGCGGCGGAGGAGGCGAAGAGGCAGUUGGGGCACCAGGCCCUGGCGGGCGACGAGCUGCGUGCCGCCGCAACAGCGGCAGAUGCGGCCCCGCCGCCUGUGGCGUGCAACGUAUGGAGUUUGGCCGCUGAGGCCCGGGCGCAAGACGGGGUGAGUUCGGCCCGCGGCCCUGGUGGUCAGGCCUACCUGUGCGAUCGCCGGACGGCCGAGGCGCGUCUGCGCGCCCGCUGCCUCGUGGGGUCCGCAGAGCUCCACGUGGAGCGCGCGGACCACGCCCUACGCGAGGCUCAGGCGGAGCAGAGCCGCCUGGGCGCGACGGCGGGGCGGCUGGCAGAAGCGGCGCAGGCGGCGGCCAAUGCGGAGCUGGUGGCGCUGCGGCGCCGGCUGAAGUCGGCGGAGGGGCAGUUGGAGACGGGCAGACGCCUGCAGGAGGCGGCGGCAUCCUUGGCCGGUGCGACCAACUCGGAGCCACAGAGGCUGCAGCUACAGGUGGUGCCGGGAGGUGCAGAUCCUUGGUUCGCGCAGGCGGGGCGGUCCCUGUGCCGCAGCUUCCCCAACGCGCAGCACUUCGAGCGGGCGGAGGCCGCGGAGGCGGAGGCGGCUGAGGCGGCGGAGGCGGAAGCGGCGCGCCGGCAGGUGGCUGCGGAGGUGUACGCGCAGGCGCGGCUGCACCGCAACCUGGAGUCAGCUGUGGCGGAGGCGCGGCGGGGCCUGCGGCGCCGGGAGGAGGCGUCGCAGCACCGGGCGGAGGCGGAGGUGGCGCGGGGCGAGGCAGAGGAGCUUCAGAUUUGCCUGGCGCGUGUACAGCCCGACGGGCCAUCGCCGGGCUUCGUGGCGGCGUCGCUGCGCCACGCGCUGGGCUGCUGGGCGAAGCGCCGCCGCCUCUGCGAUGCGGUGCUGCAGGGCGUCGCUUCCGCCGGGAUGGGGCCCGCUGCUGACGUCGCGGAGCGUGCCGGAAUGGUGUCGGACGAGUCCGCAGGCUGCCAGCUCCCUGCUGGGCGCUUCGACCCCUUGCUGGGCCGCGUGCCAUUGCUGCCCGAGGAGGAGGGUCCCUCCAUCACCGACCACUCUUGGUGA